ACUUUAUUCAGUUGACAGCAAGUAGGAGGGCUCUAUGGCAGGGGAAAAAAAGACAACACGAGAAAAAUUAGUAUUUUCUACCUUCAGAAAUUAAUGGCCAUGAGUUCGUAUAUGGUGAACUCUAAGUAUGUGGAUCCCAAAUUUCCUCCUUGCGAGGAAUAUUUGCAGAAUAGCUACCUAGGCGAGCAGGGGGCCGAGUACUACAGUGCCUCGCAGGGCUCUGAUUUCCAGCACCAGGGACUCUACCCACGGUCAAACUACAGCGAGCAGCCCUUUAGCUGUAGCAAUGCCCAAGGCUCUGCCGGGCAGCCGCGGGGUCACGGACAGGAGCAAUCCGGCCCGGCGAGCCACUUCCCCGGCCCAGCAGAGCAUUGUCCACCGCCUCCAAUGUCCAACUCGCGAGCCUGCAGCCAGCAGCCGGCCCUCAAACCCCCAAACGGCUCCGCAGUUAAGCAGCCAGCAGUAGUUUAUCCCUGGAUGAAGAAAGUCCAUGUAAACUCGGUGAAUCCAAAUUACAACGGAGGGGAACCUAAACGCUCCCGCACAGCUUACACCAGACAGCAAGUCCUAGAACUGGAAAAAGAAUUUCAUUUUAACAGGUACCUGACCAGGCGCCGCCGUAUCGAGAUAGCCCACACUUUGUGUCUCUCUGAGCGCCAGAUCAAGAUCUGGUUUCAGAACAGAAGAAUGAAGUGGAAAAAAGAUCACAAACUGCCCAACACGAAGGGCAGGUCUUCUUCAUCUGGUUCAAACCCCCAUUUACAAACUGGUUCCAAGGACCAUCAGACUGACUUGACAACUUUGUAG